AUGAGCGGCUUCGAACAGAACCGCGUAUAUACCGUCCCCUUACGGGAAGGGCAGCAGGAACAUGACUCGCCGUCAGAGACGGAGAACGCGUUCUACACUUUCCUGUCGUCGUUCCGCCUCGGCAGCGAGUUCACGUACCGUGACCGCCUCAAGUCGGCACUGCUUAUGCACCACCACACGCUCGAAGUUAAUCUUGAAGACCUGGCGCGGUUUAAUCCAGAGCUCGCGCAGCGAUGCCAGAAGACGCCGGGUGAUAUGAUGCCUCUGCUCGAAGCCGCCCUACUCCGUGCCGCGCGCGCGAUCGUCAACCCCACAGCCCGUGGUGAGGACGGCGAGGAGCCGCUCCACACCGUACCGGAGAUGCAGGCGACGAUCAAGACUGACCAGAACAUGAUUCAGUUCCGCGAGCUCAACGCCGAGAAGUUCGCGCAGCUCGUGCGCCUCCCCGGUAUCGUCAUCAACGCGUCUCAGCUCUCGUCACGCGCGACAGAACUGCACCUCCAGUGCAAGGCGUGCCGGUCCGUCAAAGCGGUCAAGGUUGGACAGAACCUUGGCUCGGAGAAGACGGCGCUCCCGCGCCGUUGCGAUGCGCCCGCCCCGCAAGACAGCAAGAAGGCUUGCCCGCUCGACCCCUACGUCAUUCUCCACGACCGCUGUCGCUUCAUCGACCAGCAGAUGAUCAAGCUCCAGGAGGCACCCGACAUGGUUCCCGUGGGUGAGCUGCCGCGCCACGUGAUCCUCCAGGCCGAGCGAUACCUCACGGCCCGCGUCGUGCCAGGCUCGCGCAUUAUUGCGACUGGCAUUUACUCGACAUUUGCGCCCCAGUCUAAGAACAGGAGCAACAGCGGCGCCCCCGCCCUCCGCCAGCCGUACGUACGCGUACUCGGCAUUGAGCUUGACACGUCGCUUGCGUCGGCUCCCGGCUCGCGGGUGUUUACGCCGGAGGAGGAGGAGGAGUUUCAGCAGAUGUCCCGGUCCGAGGCCCUGUACGAGCGCUUCGCAGCGAGCGUGGCGCCUUCCAUUUACGGCAACCUUGACAUUAAGAAGGCUGUCACCUGUCUAUUGAUGGGAGGAAGCAAGAAGAUUCUCCCCGAUGGCAUGCGCCUUCGUGGUGACAUCAACGUCCUGCUUCUAGGUGAUCCCGGUGUGGCAAAGUCGCAGCUGCUCAAGUUUGUCGAGAAGGUGUCGCCCGUGGCCGUGUACACGUCCGGCAAGGGUUCGUCGGCUGCAGGUCUGACUGCCUCCGUGCAGCGCGACCCUAUAACUCGCGAGUUCUACCUCGAGGGCGGUGCGAUGGUGCUUGCGGACGGCGGCGUUGUGUGCAUUGACGAGUUCGACAAGAUGCGUGACGAAGACCGUGUGGCGAUUCACGAGGCGAUGGAGCAGCAGACCAUCUCGAUUGCCAAGGCCGGCAUCACGACUAUCCUGAACUCACGCACGUCUGUGCUCGCCGCCGCCAACCCCGUAUUCGGUCGAUACGAUGACAUGAAGAGUCCGGGCGAGAACAUCGACUUCCAGACGACCAUUCUGUCGCGUUUCGACAUGAUCUUCAUCGUCAAGGAUGAGCACAACGAGAGCCGCGACAUGAAGAUUGCCAAGCACGUCAUGGACAUUCACAUGAACCGGCAGGUGGACACGGAGGCGCAGGGCGAGAUUGACAUUGACAAGAUGAAGCGGUACAUAUCGUACUGCAAGUCUCGUUGUGCACCGCGCCUGUCCCAGGAAGCGGCCGAGAUGUUGUCAUCACACUUUGUGUCGCUGCGCAAGACUGUGCAGCAGGUUGAGCGUGACAAUGACGAGCGAUCUUCGGUGCCACUGACGGUACGUCAGCUCGAGGCAAUGGUGCGCAUCACCGAGUCAUUGGCCAAGAUUACUCUCUCGCCCAGUGCGGACGUGCACCACGUCGAGGAAGCCAUUCGUCUGUUCAAGUUUUCGACGAUGGACGCGGUCGAGGCGGGGCAGGUGGAUGGCAUGACGCGGACCGAGCUGCAGGAAGAGAUGGAGCGUAUCGAGCGAGAGGUCAAGCGCCGCCUGCCGAUCGGUUGGAGUGUGGCGUAUCAGACGCUCGUGCGCGAGUUUGUGACACAGCAGGGCUAUUCGCAACAUGCGCUCGAGCGGUGUCUGUUCGUGCUGGAGAAGCGUGAGGUUAUUCGGUUUGCCAACCAAAAGAAGAGUGUGAGCCGAGUGGGUGUCUAG